AGAAGUCAACUUAUUACGUCAUCAUACCGCGACGAGUAGUGCCCAUGCCGUACACGAGGAUGUGUUCCUCUCCAUGUAAAUAGAGUCAUUUGGUUCUUAUUUGGUAAAAGAACGAGCUGGAUUUUGACAUUAAGAUAAAGAGAUCCGGAUCGACCCGACAUGGCGGACUUCUCCUCUCUGGGUUUGUCAGACUGGCUCGUUAAACAGUGUAAACAGCUCGGGAUCAACAAACCCACCCCUGUUCAGGAAAACUGCAUGCCAGCUAUUAUACAAGGUCGGGACUGCUUGGGCUGUGCUAAGACUGGAAGUGGGAAGACGGCCGCGUUUGUGCUGCCGGUGCUGCAGAAACUGUCAGAGGACCCGUACGGCAUCUUCUGCUUGGUGCUGACUCCCACCAGAGAGCUGGCCUAUCAGAUCGCAGAGCAGUUCCGAGUCCUGGGGAAGCCUCUUGGUGUGAGAGACUCCAUCAUAGUCGGUGGAAUGGACAUGGUGGCUCAGGCCCUGGAGCUCACUAACCAGCCGCAUGUUGUUGUAGCAACGCCGGGACGGCUGGCCGAUCACAUCCGCAGCUCCAACACCUUCAGCCUGAGAAAGAUCCAGUUUCUGAUCAUGGACGAGGCGGACCGUCUGCUGGAGCAGGGCUGCACAGACUUCACCAAAGACCUGGAGACCAUCCUGGGGGUUUUACCGGCUAAGAGACAGACGCUUCUGUUCAGCGCCACACUGACCGACACCCUGCAGGAGCUGAAGAGCAUCGCCAUGAACGAUCCGCACUUCUGGGAGAGCAAGUCAGAGACAAAAACUGUGGAGGAGCUGGACCAGAGGUUCAUCCUCACUCCAGAGAAGGUGAAGGACGCCUACCUGGUCCACCUGAUCCAGAAGUUUACUGACGAGCACGACGACUGGUCCAUCAUCAUCUUCACCAAGACGUGCAAGGACUGCCAGAUCCUCACCAUGAUGAUGCGUGAAUUCAACUUCCCGACGAUCUCCCUGCACUCCAUGAUGAAACAGAAACAACGCUUUGCAAACCUCGCCAAGUUCAAGGCCAGCGUCUUCAAAAUCCUGAUUGCAACAGACGUGGCCUCACGAGGUUUAGAUAUUCCAACCGUCCAGGUCGUCAUCAACCACAACACGCCCGGCCUUCCAAAGAUCUACAUCCACAGAGUCGGACGGACGGCAAGAGCAGGGAGGAACGGCGUCUCUGUCACACUGGUGACUCAAUACGACAUUCACCUGGUUCAAGCUAUUGAAGCGCAGACUCAGACGAAGCUGGAGGAGUUUCCUGUGGUGGAGAAAGACGUCCUGAAGAUCCUCACUCAGGUCAACGUGACGAGACGCGAGUGUGAAAUCAAACUGGAGGCGACAGAUUUCGAUGAGAAAAAGGAGAUCAACAAGAGGAAACAGCUGAUCUUGGAGGGGAAGGAUCCAGAUCUGGAGGCGAAGAGGAAGGCGGAGCUGGAGAAGAUCCGGGGCCACAAGAAAGUGUUCAAACAGAAAAUCCAGGAGAGCAUUCAGAAACAGAAACAUGGACAGCUGAAGAAGAAACUGAUGAAGAGGAAACAGAAGAAGAAGAAAGCAGCACAGGCGACGGCGUGACGGCUGCUGGGGGCGUGUAAAUACAAUGAUUUGUAAACUGUACAAUAUGUGUGAUACUUCAUAAAUGAUGAGAACUUCAAACCAUAAAAACAA